GGGUAUUUCAUUACAAGAGGCACGGUCCCGCUUGAUAACAGAGCUUUGAAACAGUGACAGCUGGAAGAAGCAGAACAGCACGCCACAGUAGCGGGGAGCCAGCGAGACUCAACGGGACAGAGAGCAGCGCAGCGCCGGCUUGAUCGACAGAGAGCAGCGCAGCGCCGGCUUCAUCGACAGAGAGCAGCGCAGCGCAGUUAAGAGCAGCAGCACAGCGUUUCGUUCAGUGCAUCCAAACUCACCUGCUGUCAUCCGCAACGAACCACUCCUGGAUUGUAUAUUCAAUUCAACGUUAUUGUAUUUUAUUGUGUGUGUAUAUAUACCAGAAAAGCAGAACGGGUUUUGUGUGACUGCGAUCACAUGAUAUCGUGUACUGGGGAUACAAAUAUAAACACAUAAUACCUAAAAUACCACGGAGAACUGACACUGAGAGUGCACAGCGCGACCCAGAGCCGCUCUGGAUAAGAGUUUGUGAAUAGCGCUGAUGAACUCGAUUGUGCGUGUUUGGAUGAGAGCUGUGUACCUGAAUGCGACGUCACAGGAUGGUAUAUAUCAUACACAUGACAGGGAAUUCAUCAGUAUAGAAUUACAAACAGAACACAGAGUCUGCUCGCUGCGCUGAACUGCAUGCAAAGAUACAUGACAACCGAAACGUUGGCGUUUGUCUUUCUAACAUCUUUUUUAAACGGAGCGAUGAUAUAAUUCAUCGGCACGGGAGGGGACUUGGAGCACGCACAGUUCACUGGGUCGGAACAUUUCAGGGUGGAUUCGGGAUCACUGGUUCCGGUGCAUGUUGAAUCUCUAUGGAUGAGCGAAUGACAAUGCGAUUUUGAGGCGGCGUGUUAUUGUACCCCUCUCGGCUGGAUGGUUACAGUUGCUAUCGAUCGCACUCGCAGUGUGGACAGGGUUGAUGCGUCAGUGGGUAAGCGAAGACCCUCUGAACUGGACUGAAACAAAGCAGGCAUCCCUCCACACAGACGGGUCACCGUGGCGUUUAUUGAUUGAUUUAGCUUGCUUGUUGGUUUAUUUUUCACGAGGACUUCAGAGACGUUUAAUUUGACAUGCAUCACAAAGGAAUUCCCCUGCUCGUGCUGCUGGAGUACUUCAUCUGCGUGCAAGGUGUUCCAGAUCUCAGGACACUGCCGGUGUCUCGUUGUGACGGACGCUCUUGCAACCCCUCUGUCGGUAACCUAGCGACCGGCAGGACGGUGUCCACCCUGAGCAGCUGUGGGCAGAACGGCACGGAGCUUUACUGCUCGUACCCGGACCCGGGACUCUCCGCCUGCCAGCGGCCCAAAUGCGGCAAGUGCAACGCCCAGCACCCCGGGCACGCCCACCGCGCGGCACACAUGACUGACGACUUCUUCUCGAACCCGGGCACGUGGUGGCAGUCGGCGGCGGGCGUGAACCGGGAGGAGCUCCGCCUGGACUUGGAGACGGAGUUCUACCUGACCCACGUCAUCGUGCUGUUCCGCUCCCCGCGGCCCGCGGCCAUGACCCUGGAGAGGUCUCAGGACUACGGCCGGUCCUGGAGACCCUAUAAGCACUUCGCUGUGAACUGCAGCGAGACAUUCGGCAUCCCCGACGACGUCAGCCACGCGGGGUCUCUGUGCACCUCCCGCUACUCCCACGUCCUGCCCUGCACCAAGGGAGAGGUGAUAUUCCGAGCCCUGACUCCUGGGAGCGGGAUUGAGGACCCCUACAGCGCGGAGGCCCAGGACCUGCUCAAGCUGACCACCCUGCGGCUGCGGCUCCUGAAGAGGCAGGACUGCCCGUGCCGGGGGGCCCCCGUCGGGGCGCUGCCCAAGCCACAGCACUCCGCUCACUACGCCGUGUACGACCUCAUCGCCCGCGGGAGCUGCUUCUGCAACGGGCAUGCCGAGGACUGCCAGCCCGCGCCGGGGACCAGGAGGGAGGGCAGCAUGGUUCAUGGGAGCUGCCUCUGCCAGCACCACACCGCAGGGGAGCACUGUGAGACGUGUGCACCUCUUUACAAUGACCUCCCAUGGAGACCAGGCGAUGGAAUAACAGGGGCACCAAACGAGUGCAAAAAGUGCCAGUGCCACGGCCACGCCGAGAGCUGCCACUUCGACAGCGGCGUGUGGCUGGCCUCGGGGAAGCGCAGCGGGGGGGUCUGUGAUGGCUGUCGGCACAACACCAAGGGGCGCCGGUGCCAGCGAUGCCAGGCUGGCUUCUACCGGGACCAAGCCAAGCCCAUGUCCUCCCCCGACGCCUGCAAACCAUGCUCCUGCCACCCUGUAGGCUCCACCAAUGGCUCCUUCUCCAGGCUCUGGAAGUGCCACCCCCGGAGCGGCUACUGCUACUGCAAGCCGGGCGUGGCGGGCCCCAACUGCGCCCGCUGCAUGAUGGGAUACUGGGGGUUUGGGGAGAGCGGCUGCCGGCCGUGUGACUGUGCCCGGGACUGCGACCCCGAGACUGGGGAGUGUCUGGACAGUUUUGACCACGAGCCGUUUUUCGAUGUUCCUAUUGGAGGGCGCAUUCCUGACCUCAUUCACGUUCCGACCAAUGAGAGUGAAGGGGAGUGGACCUGGGAGGAUGAGCAGGGUUUUUCAGCCCUGAGGCACCCUGAGAAGUGCAUAUGCAAAGAGAAAAUGCUUGGAGGCGUCCCGGAUUUUUGCAAGAUGAAAUAUGCUUACGUGAUCAAGGCGAGGAUCCUGUCCGCCCACGACAAGGGCACGCACGCAGAGGCCGUCGUCAAGGUGAAGAAGGUCAUGAGGCAGGGCAAGGUGAAAAUAUCACCGGGAAACAGGAGCAUCUACCCAGAGUCCUGGACCAACAGAGGCUGCACCUGCCCUAUCAUGAACCCAGGAACAGAUUACCUGAUCGCUGGACACGAGGACUUCAGGACAAGCAAGCUGCUGGUCGACAUGCACAGCCUGGUGAAGCCGUGGAAGGCUUCCGUGGGGAAGCAGGUCGCGGAGAUCCUCCAAUCAGGGUGCAAGUGAGCCCCCCCACAGCUACCGAACUGAGACCAGGACCUCGCAAUCCUGCAGGACCACGGCAUUCCAACCUGAACUAAAACAAUGCUUAUUUUCUACAUCGUUUGUUCGUUCGUUUUUUAAAACGUGUUUUGAUGGUCACAGUGGUGCAGCAAGAUGAGAACAGGCAACAGCAUGAUUGAGGGUUUUUUAAAACUCACUGAAAAAACUUGAGAUGGAAAAGCUGCCUUGAGUUUCCAUUGGCAGAGCUCAGUCCAGUUUGAACUGAGACUCUCUCACCCCAGUCAGCAUUGCCUCUCAUUGGCAGAGCUCAGUCCAGUUUGAAAUGAGACUUGCUCACCCCAGUUAGCAUUGCCUCUCAUUGGCAGAGCUCAGUCCAGUUUGAACUGAGACUCUCUCACCCCAGUUAGCAUUGCCUCUCAUUGGCAGAGCUCAGUCCAGUUUGAACUGAGACUCUCUCAGCAGAGGAGUGGCAUUACAGACCCGGACUGAAUGUGUGAUGCGUACAGGCACAGCUUUGUGAGGUGACCUCAGCUCGCAGACUGGAUUGCUGACCGCACAGAUGGAUCUGGCGGCAGGAAGCCUCAGUUUGAUAACUGGAGAGAUGGGAGUUUUCCAGACUGGUCUCAGGGAGGGUAGAAAGGUGGUAUAUUGUGAAAGGAGUUUCAUACAGCAUUGUAAUGCAGGUAGCGUGCAGAACAGCGUGCCUGUAAAACAAUGUGUCGACAAAGUGCACCAUUCAUUAUCAUGAAACCAGCCGUGCUGUGAAUACAAUGAUUGAGAAAGAGAUUUCUAUCAUGUGCGAGGCUCCUAUCACUCAUUAUACACAGACACGUUAUAUGUAUGGUAUGUAUUGUGUAUAUUACUAUAUUUUCACAUUUCUGUUUCAGUAAAGUCUGUAAAAUGCAAGCUGUAUAUAUGUUGCUAUACGUUCAGAAUUCUUUACCUUCACGUUGCUGCACAUCAGGCUGUACUUGUGUUUGUGUUUAUUUUACCAAUAUCCACUGCUCAGGGUCUUUCAACUCAUAAGAGCACACGUUUCCCUGCUGUAUUCCACAACACGUCACAGAGCAAGAUGGGCCGAAUGGCCUCCUCUCGUUUGUAAACUUUCUUAUGUUCUUAUGACAGCUCCGUGCCACCUUCCGUUUUAUCAUGCUGUAUUCUCCAUAUCGACGUAGCCCAUUCUAAACGAUGACAUCACAAUCAUACCUCUCGGAAAUCCAUUCCGCUGCAAAGCCCAUUCUAAACGAUGACAUCACAAUCAUACCCCUCGGAAAUCCAUUCCGCUGCAAAGCCCAUUCUAAACGAUGACAUCACAAUCAUACCCCUCGGAAAUCCAUUCCGCUGCAAAGCCCAUUCUAAACGAUGACAUCACAAUCAUACCCCUCGGAAAUCCAUUCCGCUGCAAAGCCCAUUCUAAACGAUGACAUCACAAUCAUACCUCUCGGAAAUCCAUUCCGCUGCAAAGCCCAUUCUAAACGAUGACAUCACAAUCACACCUCUCGGAAAUCCAUUCUGCUGCAAAGCCCAUUCUAAACGAUGACAUCACAAUCAUACCUCUCGGAAAUCCAUUCCGCUGCAAAGCCCAUUCUAAACGAUGACAUCACAAUCACACCUCUCGGAAAUCCAUUCCGCUGCAAAGCCCAUUCUAAACGAUGACAUCACAAUCACACCUCGACCACUUCUCGGUAUUCUGUUCAUCAACGCUUCCCCUCUUUUUAAUGGGAUUGACAAUGGACUAAAUAAAGGUGGGUAACGAUCAGAAAACAAACACAGCUGGAUUUGGACCUUGUGUAUUAAUAAUAAAGCUGUAUGUAACAGA